GCAAUUGUAGAUGGCAGCAUCGUUUUUCAGCGGCAUGUGAUUUAAAUCGGAGAGGACGAAGAAGAAUGCGACCAUGUUGAAUUAGCAAGAACAAACACAAUAGAGGCGUUUUAUUUGGAGUGAAUUUAAUCUAACGGUAAAGUGUUGAUCUGCCGCCAAAAAGUUGUGAUAUAUAACAUCAGAGGGAGAGAAGGGUAACACAGGCUUGAGUUGAAUACCGCCCGACUCGCACACAAAGCUACACACUUUGACAGAAGACCUGUGGUGUCAACAAGAGAGGAGGGAGACCCAGCUGAAACAAACAGGACAGACAGAGGGGAACUUAAAGCUGUUUUGCUUUUUGGACUACAAUUACCCUUUUAUUUGAUUUUCAACACCAGGAAACUUUCACAUGUGGGUGGACAUGUAUAUACACAGAGUGGAAAACAAAUAUUGAACAAUAAGGACCAUAUUAUUUUGGAGAAAUAUUUGUACAAAGGUUUGAAAAUCCAUUUACAAGGACAUCGAUGUUGCGCAAUUCAAAGGGACUCGACGCAAAGCAAGGAAAUGUUUAAUCAAAAAAAGAGAUUACAUUUUGAACAAAGAUUAUAUUACUGAUACUAUUCCCUCAGUUCAAAUUGUCUUAGUUCUAUUGCAGAACUUAAACUCUUUGAUACUUGUUUACAUACCAUUUUUUUAAUAUUGUGUGCAGGUAUAAAAUAUUUAUGCAUUUGAAUGCAUAUAGCUCUUCAUUUGGAAGAGCUCUUGUAUUAAGACUUUUCAUACGUCAGUAAACUCUGAAGGGGACUAAACUGCACGUGUGUGUAUAUGUAAGAACUACAAAUAUACUUCUGUUGUAAAAGCUUUGGACUAAAAUAAUGGAGAAUAUUGUUUAAUGCUUUUUUAGACUCCUACAUUCGAAGAGGCUUUUUAAGAAAAGGAAGAAAAAAAACUAAGGGAGGGUAAGACGUAAAUCUUUGAGAGUAAAAACGAAAGACAUGGCAUCCGCAACAACGGAGAACCUAGGCCCUAUCGGCAUGGGACUGAACAAGCAGAACGGGCAGCUUAGGGGGGUGCCUAAACCGGCCUCUCCUCAAUCAGGACCCCUCGUCCUGGGCUCUCUGUUAAGCAAGGCUGUAGGUGCACCCCAGAAAGCAGGUGCUGCCCUGGAGGGAACUGGCAUUAGGUUUGGAGAUGACUGGAAAAAGAGCCUACAGCUCCCUCCCAAAGACACUAGAGUCAGAACCUCUGAUGUAACAUCCACUAAGGGAAAUGAGUUUGAGGACUACUGUCUGAAACGGGAGCUCCUGAUGGGCAUCUUUGAGAUGGGCUGGGAGAAGCCCUCCCCUAUCCAGGAGGAGAGCAUUCCCAUAGCCCUGUCAGGACGAGACAUCCUGGCCCGAGCCAAGAAUGGAACAGGGAAGAGUGGGGCCUACCUCAUCCCCAUGCUGGAGAGAAUAGACCUGAAGAAGGACUAUAUACAGGCUAUUGUGAUGGUGCCAACUCGUGAGCUGGCCCUGCAGGUGAGCCAGAUCAGUAUCCAGAUCAGCAAGCACCUGGGCGGAGUGAAAGUCAUGGCCACCACGGGUGGCACCAACCUGCGAGAUGACAUCAUGCGCCUGGAUGAGACUGUGCAUGUGGUUAUAGCCACACCUGGCAGGAUCUUGGACUUGAUAAAGAAGGGCGUGGCCAAAGUGGAUAGAGUUCAGAUGAUGGUGAUGGAUGAGGCGGACAAGCUGCUGUCUCAGGACUUUGUGGUGCUCAUCGAGGAUAUCAUCAGCUUCCUGGGCAAGGGCCGUCAGAUCCUGCUGUACUCUGCCACCUUCCCCAUCAGCGUGCAGAAGUUCAUGGCCAAGCACCUGCAGAAGCCCUAUGAGAUCAACCUGAUGGAGGAGCUGACUCUGAAGGGCAUCACCCAGUACUACGCCUACGUCACUGAGAGACAAAAGGUCCACUGUCUCAACACACUCUUCUCCAGGUUGCAGAUCAAUCAGUCCAUCAUCUUCUGUAACUCCACCCAGAGAGUUGAGCUGCUGGCUAAGAAGAUCACCCAGCUGGGAUACUCCUGCUUCUACAUCCACGCCAAGAUGAUGCAGGAGUACAGAAAUCGUGUGUUCCAUGACUUCAGAAAUGGACUCUGCAGAAAUCUUGUCUGCACUGAUCUCUUCACCAGAGGUAUUGACAUCCAGGCCGUCAAUGUCGUCAUCAACUUCGACUUCCCCAAGAAUGCUGAGACAUACCUGCAUCGCAUCGGACGAUCAGGGAGGUUUGGCCACCUGGGCCUGGCCAUCAACCUGAUCACCUCUGAAGACCGCUUCAAUCUGAAGUCCAUCGAGGACCAGUUGGUCACCGACAUCAAGCCUAUCCCUGGCAGCAUCGACAAGAGCCUGUAUGUGGCAGAAUUCCACGCCACCAAUCCCAAUUGCGAGGAGGAGCUGAAGGAGACAGGCCGCCAACAGGUGGAGCCCUAGAACUCCUCAACUGGACAACAGGAUGUACCCAGCUUUUGCACAACAUUCAGCUCUUGCAGCUCAGGCACCUCUUCAACUUAUCUUUUCUCAACCUUCAGAACCUGGCACAUGGAUGUAUUUGUUUUUGCUGAUUUGUAUGUUCUGUUCUUGUUCCCCUUUUAUUUCAUUAAGAGAUGCCUGCAUUUUUUUGGCUGAAAUAGUCUUAACCAUGUUGUUUUGCACCAAAGGUAACUUGCCAAAUGCACACUGAGUUAUCAGUCCUUUUUUGGCUUAAGACAUGUAGGCUUAUGUUUUUUGGAUUGUAUCCUGGUAUUUCAAGGUAAUAAUCAGCUGAAAAGUUGAGGAACAUUGCCUUAAAAAAAGUAAGAACCGUGCAAAAUAUUGAUCCAAGUUGUAUUGUUUCCUGCUGAAUACAUCAUCCACUUUUAUGGCUAGUAGGUUUGGGCGAUAUACUGUACACUGGGGUAUUUCGAAAUACUGACUGAUUUUAAAAACUGUUUAAAAAUAUAUUUUUUGGGGUGAUUGGGGGCACCUGGGUGCUGCAGGGUUGUGUGCUUAUAACUAUACGAAAUCUAAGAUGUCAUUAUAAUUUAGAUCCACCUCAGGUCUCCAGCUUUGCAUUUGGUUUGCUAACUUGCUAGGUACAUAAGUGGCUAGAUGUCAAGAUCAAGCAUCUUGGUUACAGCUGACAUUCUAACCUGGGUACCAGUCUUUUUUACUAACAUUCCACUCCUUGCCACUCCUUGUCAUUGCCAAAGACAGGCUUUUCUGCCAUCUUCAAAAAUGAACAUUCUAUCAUUAGUGAGCUCGAGGAGAACAUAGGAGUUUUUCCUAAUUCGAUAACCCCCACCUCUCUCCUCCAAUCACAACGAUUAUCCUAAUAUUGGAACUCAACUUUUUUUUCUCCUCCACAGAACAUAAACUUAGCAAAAAAAGAAACAUCCUCUCACUGUCAACUGCGUUUAUUUUCAGUAAACUUGUUGAAUCUUAUGUUCAUACAAAUAUUUACACAACUGAGAUAAACUGAACAAGUUCCACAGACGUGACUAACAGAAAUGGAAUAAUGUGUC